GUAGAUGUAGAAGCUUUUCGAAUACUUGACAGACAGCACAGUCAGGGAAACGGUGAAGAAUCAAUGGAUGACGAAAGUGGGGGCAAACGACGACGGCGACUCAUUGAUGAUGAAAGACGAGAAGAAAAUGACCAGCGCUGUCGAGUGUAUACCACACCGCACCACCUUCUCCAAUCAAAUGAUGAAAGCAAGGGCUACCUCCAAAGGACUCAAGUUUCUCUUAAAUCGCUUUCAAGUACUUGGCCACGUGAUCAACAAUCGACCCAUAGUGAUGAAAAUGACGAUAACGACUUCGAUAACAUGUUCAAUGAUAAACGCUCCGAUAAAAUGUUACCAUCCUCGCCGUCGCAAUCAUCUGAUAGUGCGGAUGGCUCACAAAGAAGCUUCUUGGUAGAUAACCAAGUCGCGGAACAGGAUAUUAACGAAAAUGAACAAGAAAACGCCGAAAAUAUUAUGAUCGAAAAAGUAGAACCGGACAGCAAUGAUGAAGAACAUCGAGAAAGUAAAAACUCCAACCAUUACGACGGAACACAUUUUGAUGAAAUAAUAGAUUCUUCGUCCAAUGAUCUUGAAAUCGACAUGUCAGAUAGAAAUGACGACAGAUACGACGAUGAUAGAGAUUCAAAAUCUAAGCGGAAAGAAAUAAUGUCGGUUAACAAGCAAACUUUGUACAACGUAUAUAAAGCAGCUACAGCAGCAUUACCUUAUUCAACGCAAUCAGCAUUCAAGCCACCAGCCGAAGUAAAACACAAAAUUCAUACGACUUCAUUUCCAAGCGAACCUUUUGGUGGUUACUCGAAUGAUCACGACAAGAGCACCAAAGCGUCCAAGCAAUACACGAUUCUACAGCCGGCGGGGAUAGGCUCUCGAGCUGCCACGGCAUUACAUGAGGCACGAGCUGUGCCUUCCGCGCAGCCAACAAGAGACUCUCGUCCUCUGAACGCACUGUCGCCGCCGGCCUCCAGAGAAGGCAACAAGUGUCCAACUCCUGGUUGCAAUGGGCAGGGCCACGUCACCGGCCUUUAUUCGCACCAUCGAAGUCUGUCAGGAUGCCCAAGAAAGGAUAAAGUUACACCAGAGAUAUUGGCGUUGCACGAGACAAUCCUAAAGUGCCCAACACCCGGUUGCAACGGACGCGGCCACGUCAGCUCCAACCGAAGUACACACAGAUCCCUCUCCGGCUGCCCUACGGCUGCUGCGAGAAAAGCUGCUGCUAGAACCCAACGAGCUAGACCCAUAGUGUUAACAGCACCAAUAGCAUCCAUAUCCGCCCCGCCUCCAUCGAGCGCGCCAAGUGAAUCAGCGCCCCAAAAACGCGAGUCAGAAGCGGCAUCGCCGCCAAGUCCUGAGGUGAAGCGGGAAGCGCCCGAGCUGCUGGUGCCAAAGAGGGAGGCCGCCGAGCCCGAGCGCGAGUCUCCCGGCAUGGAGACGCGCCACGCCGGGUACGGCGCGCCGCCAGACCAACGCUCGCCCUACGAGCGCCCGCCGGAUGACCACGUGCGCUCCUAUAGCCAAAUGAACGAAACGCGGUACGGCUAUGAAGCGCGAUGUUACGAGGGCGCAACGGCCUUCGAGCGGUACGACCCCGCGCAGUGUCCGCAGCGGCCUUACAGCUGGGAGGAGGAGCGCUACCACGACCCGCACUUACCCACUCCAAUGAAAACCGACCAGUCCGAGCAGGAAACCAAUUCCGGACCCAUUUACCCUAGGCCAAUGUACCACUACGAGGCCGGGAGUGGGGUAGGCGUGGGUGGGGUUGGGGCGAUGGCGCCCGGGGUGCCGCCCGGCUUCUCCGCGAUCAAUCUCUCCGUGAAGAUAGCCGCGGCGCAGGCACAGCGCCCGCGCACCCCGACACCCCGAGACCCCCGUGACCCUCGCGACCCCCGCCCCGCCAUAGACCUAUCCACAUCUAGUGGCAGUCCACAGGGUCCAUAUGCAUCACCGGUUUACACGAGCGCCGGUGGUGGCAGCGGGGGCGGAGCCCGAGGCAGCCCACAGCCGGGCGCUUCGCCCCAGCUCACAGCCAGUCCCCAGGUGCCCAGUCCGCAGGGCCAGACCCUCGACCUUAGUGUGACCCGUUUACCACAUAGAGCUUUCCCUGGAGGAGUCUCGUACAGUCGAGAAUCAACACCAGAUAGUGGUGGAAGCCAUCCAUACCUAGAAGCAUACCAUCGAGAUACAGCAGGCUACGGCGGCGUCAGUCCCCACCCCGUAGCCGGUUACGGGCUUGCCCAGCCGGACUACGCAGCCGCCGCGGCUGCAGCCGGCUACGGCGGCUACCAGUACCAGUGCGGCGCGUACCCGCCGCCGCCCGCGUACCCGCCGCACGCGCCGCCCUACUCCCCGCCGUGCUACAUGCCCCCGCCGCACGCGCCGCACGACAAACCUAAGGACAGCAGUCUGUCGGGGUGUCCGCGCGCUGAUCGCUCGCAGUUGCAACCGCACUCCCAGGAACUGAAGUGUCCGACACCGGGCUGCGACGGCUCUGGACACGUCACUGGCAACUACUCCUCGCACCGGUCACUCUCAGGCUGCCCUAGAGCGAACAAACCGAAGAGCAAACCGCGGGACGGGCAGGACUCGGAACCUCUUAGGUGAGUGUUUUAAUAUUUUUAUCGACUAUGUGAUUAAUUAUAGUUAGUUUAAAUUAUUCAAUGCGUUCCGUUAAAU